GACAGUGACGCAAAGAUGGCGUCCUCCGCUGCACGGCUGCUCUGCUCGGGACUGAGCGGUCGGUUCCUAUCCGUCUCUGCCCGACAUGCAGCAGUCUGCUCGGCCUCGGUGUGGCCGACCCCCCGGGGGGAGAGGGCCAACUACCGGAGCUGCUGUCAGGCUUCAGGGAGAAAUGUGGUGACAUUGAGAGGAGUGACAGGCCCGACGUCCUGUCGCUGUUUUCACACCAGCAGCCGCUCGGGAAACAAGGAGGAUUUGUACCAGGUGUUGGGCGUCCCCCGCACCGCCACACAGAAGGAAAUCAAGAAGGCUUACUACCAGUUGGCGAAGAAGUUCCACCCCGACACGAACCCAGACGACCCCGAGUCGAAAGAGAAGUUUGCCAAGCUGGCCGACGCCUACGAGGUGCUGAGUGACGAGCUGAAGAAGAAGCAGUAUGACACGUAUGGAGCGGCGGGCUUCGACCCGAGCCGAGGCGGGGGGUCCAGCCAGCAGCAGUACUACAGAGCGGGGGGGUCCAACAUCAACCCCGAGGAGCUGUUCCGGAAGAUCUUUGGAGAGUUCAGCUCAGGGAGGGGCUUCGGAGACCUCAACAGCAUGUUCGAACAGAGACCAGAGUUUGUGAUGGAGCUGACGUUCUCUGAGGCGGCAAAGGGUGCUAACAAGCCGCUGACGGUGAACCUGGACGACGCCUGUCCCCGCUGCGACGGGAAGGGGAGCGAGCCCGGCACCAGAGUGUCUCACUGCCACUACUGCAACGGCACCGGCAUGGAGUCGUUGAACACGGGGCCCUUCAUGAUGCGCAGCGCCUGCCGCCGCUGUGGGGGGCGGGGCUCCAACAUCAUCACGCCCUGCGUCCUGUGCCGGGGGUCCGGUCAGACCAAGAAGAGGCAGACCGUCACCGUGCCCGUCCCUGCAGGAGUGGAGCACGGUCAGUCGGUGCGCAUGUCAGUGGGCAGCAAAGAGAUCCUCAUCACGUUCAGGGUGCAGAGGAGCCCGGUGUUCAGGCGCAACGGAGCCGACAUCCACUCCGACGUGUUGAUCUCCGUGGCUCAGGCCAUCCUGGGGGGCACCGCCACGGGGCCCGGGCUCUACCAGACCAUCAGCAUCAUCGUUCCUGCCAGUUGCCAGGCAGAUCAGGUGAUCCGGCUGCAGGGCAAAGGGAUCCGCAGGAUGAACAGCUACAGCUACGGAGAUCACUACGUGCACAUCAAGAUCAGAGUGCCAAAGAAGUUGACGCGCAGGCAGCGCUCUCUGCUGCUCAGUUACGCUGAAGACGAGACCGACGUGCCGGGGACGGUGAACGGAGUUGAACCCUCUGCAGGAGGGGGCAGCAGCAGCUCUGAGGAGCUACGGCACACACAGCCUGAAGAAGAGGAGGGGGGGGGCUUCCUCUCCAAACUAAAGAAAAUGUUUAGCUGACGCUGCUGCAGGGGGAAACACAAGGUGAUGAAGAAUCCACGGAGCGUCCGGCCUCAGAGAGGAAGAGGAAGAGGUGUGGUCUCUUUCACACGGUGAUGAGUCUGCCGUGUGGAGGCCAGGAGAAACCGGAGGGUGGUAGGGGCUCACUUUGAACCGCUGCUCAUUGAGACUCGGAAGAAAGGAAGGACUCCCCUCUCCUCUGGACUCUAGUCAGGGAGCCCCCUGGGCCCUCGCCCCUGAAUGCAACGCAAACUGUCCGUGUUGCAUUCACAACCCAACCGGUAAAUUAAAGCGCUGUGCUCUCCA